AUGUCAUCAUUUAAAAAAUUCACUGAUUUUUUAUUUUCAAAACAAUCCCUUAAAUAUGUAUGUACCACUCAUUUUUGGGGUCCAGUAUCUAAUUUUGGUAUUCCUAUAGCUGCUAUUUUAGAUUUAAAAAAAGAUCCUGAUUUAAUUAGUGGACCAAUGACGGGUUCAUUAAUACUUUAUUCUUUAGUAUUUAUGAGAUAUUCAAUGGCAGUUACUCCUAAAAAUUAUUUAUUAUUUGGUUGUCAUUUUGUUAAUGAAUUGGCUCAAUUAGGUCAAGGAUUUAGAUGGGUUAAACAUCAUUAUGAAUCAGAUUUAGGAUCAAGUUCUAAUGGUGAAAAUACCCCAAAAAAAUAA